AGGGCGUACUGGCUCGUCGCGCCUGCGCGGAGGGCCCGACGGCGUGCUGCGUCGUUACUUUUGAAACGAGUGGCGGGGAUCUGCUCUGGGAGUCUCUGGUGCAUCUCUGCUGGGUGGAAGCGUGCUCUUUCGUCCAUAGGACCGGUCAUGGCGCUGCAGCUCUCCCGAGAGCAAGGCAUCACCCCGCGCGGGAGCGCCGAAAUCGUGGCGGAGUUCUUCUCAUUUGGCAUCAACAGCAUUUUAUAUCAGUGUGGCAUAUAUCCAUCUGAAGCCUUUACUAGAGUGCAGAAAUAUGGACUCACCUUGCUUGUAACAACUGAUCCUGAGCUCAUAAAAUACCUAAAUAAUGUGGUGGAACAACUGAAAGGUAUUUAAUUGUUGAAAACCAUUCUGAGGUUUGCAAGCCUUGUAGGACCCAUAUUUUCUGGCAUCUUGGUGGUCAUUUUUCAGCUCUAUACAAAAAGGUGUAAAACACUACAAUCUCAAAUAUAGUGAUUCUUAAUUGGAAGGAAGCAAAUAAUAUAUAAGUUGAAACAAAGUCCACCUUUCCCGUAGGUUGAAUAUUUAGAUGUUAGGAAUCUGAUAUGGCUUCACAGAACUAUCUCCAUCAACUUCCUUAGAAAUGAUUUUUGUAGUUCAUGUAGCCAGAUGGAACAAGUUGGAAUUUUACAUACUUAUGGUGGUGUUCAUUAUGGAGAAAAAUCCACUAUAUAUUUUAACAUGAUACAAUUUCUUUAGCUGCCUAGAGUUUAAAGCCGCCAUUACUUUAAGAUAAAGGAAAAUAAAAUUGGAUCCAACCUGGGAACUAAAAAAAAAAACUUUAAAAAAAAAGAACUACUAAGUAACAGAGUACCCAAUAGAAUUUUCCAAUUUUUUUAUAUAUUUCCAUUUGUCUUUUUAAAAAUCCUGCCUGUAAGUCAGUAAGCCUUUUCUAUCUGAAUACUCAUUGUUUUUUCUUUAGCUCAAGAAGUUCUUCUAUUGAAUGAAUACUUGUUCUCUAUCUAUUCCUUUUUUUCCCCAUAUUUUUCUCUACUUAGGAUUCUCACUUCUAAUUUUUCUAUUGUAGGAUGGUUUUCCCUACCUCCCCAUUUGAUCUUCCAAAACUAGUUCCAAAAAACACUACAGUAGUCAUCUCUUUUCUUUUUAAUUCAUGAGUCAUAUAUAUUUUUUGUAUCAAGUAGCUUUAUUUUUUAUAUUACAUUAAUUGUAUUUUUAUUAUCUUCAGGGCUAUAUCACCCAUAGUCAUUCAUAGAGCUGUACUCAGAUUAUUUAGCUUGAAACCUGUAAGCAACUAAGAAUCUGUGUCAUCUUAAUAUGAUGGAGAAGCAAGCCCACCUAAGCUACUGGUUUUAGGGUUGUCUUCUUUAAGACUACACUGAGGAUAUUUCACC